GCAUGCAUCACUUGUUCUGUUGAUAAUAAUUACUAACUAACUAUUAGUCUCUAACUAAGUAUACCGUUUUUGGGUCUUUUGAAUGAUACGUGUGAGUUGUUUUUCUCUCUGUCUUCUCCUCCCUGUUCUGUAACAGCGUUUAACAACAAUUUUAAUCAUAGUAACGUAACAACUGAAAAUGAACAUUAUCAUAAUGAAAUUUUUGCUUCGAUACCAAAAGAUUUUAAACGCGAUACUGUUUUGGAAUUCAUGGAGAAAUUGCCUGAGAUUUUAAAAAGCUCCAAUCUUUUACAAAGGUACUUGAUGUACUCUUAUAUACUAAAAGCUUAUGAAAUGAAUUUAGAUGAAGCGAAGCGAGCACGACCGACAUUUUCUAAAUCAGCCACCGAAAAUAAAAGAUCGCAUUUGGAAAAACAUCACAUGUUACGUAAUAUUAUAAAUGUUGAGGAAGAACAAGAAGAAUUUCUAAAUUGGAUUUUAGAUGAAAAUAUGAGUGAGGAUUCGAUCGAUAUAAUCGAUAUCUAUCAACAAAAAGGUGAUUCACCUGAAAUGAUUACAAUACAGGAAGAAGAGCAAGAAGGAAUUUUUAAUUUACCAAAAGCAGAACCACCUUUGCUUAAUAUAACGGACAUUAUUAGCGAACACGAUGUGGCUUUGCCUGAAGACACGCAACAGUGCGGAUUUUUUUCUUCACUAACUGUUCCAUGUGAUGAUCACAGGUCAAUAUGGCCGAGGAGAAGACCUCGUAUUAUAAAUGAGGAAGAAUAUCGACUAUGUUUUCCGCUACCGAAGCGUAAAAUUCUGAAAAUUAAGUGCUUACGACCUCAUAAUAAAAAAAGCAUAGCUACGAGAGUAUCUUUGGAUUGGUUAAUAGAAAAUGAAUUUAACGUGGAAGACGCGUUCAACCAGUCAGUGGUGGUCGACGACAAUCGCCAAUCUAUUGAACUAUCGGAAGUCGUUCAACCACGUACGGAUUCUUCAUCGAUUCCAAUAGUGCGACAGUUGCCUUCACCACAUUUAAUUGGCAGUUCCUCGUUGAAAUUACCGGCGACAAUAAAGGACUCUCACCAGAUUCUUACGUCUGUGGAACAAGGAGAACAGAUGCAAAAUAUUGAUAGCAGCUCCUCAAUGAACGAAGCAGCGAGAUAUUAUCCUUCGAAAACGGCGUCAGUUUUGGGAUCUCAAUUGCAAGUGGAAUCGAUAAUUGUCCCGCCUCAGAUAAUGUCUUCGCAAAGUAACGUUGAUCAAUCCGACGGAAUUAUUAGUAUUACUCCAGGCCUGACAUCGACAACACUUCCAGCUCAGACUUCAUCAGGAGAAAGGCGAUUUUAUAAGGGUUUGCUGAACCGUAAUGUAGACAGGCCGGCGGUCUCUACUCCACUUGGAGUAUUAGAUGAAGAAUGCCUUUCUAAGCGUCGUCAUACCACCUUAACUGAAUUAAAUUCAUUAGAGGAAGCAGAAGAACAGCUCUGUCAGUCGAAUAAAACGCCCGAGGAAAUCGUAAGUGCUACUGGAGAAACUCAAGCUCAUGAGCAAAAUUUAGAAUCUAUAGAAAGAGUGGUGCAACCGCGUCCGGAACAAUUAGAUAAUUUACAACCUUUAUGGCCGGGGGAUUAUCGUAAAGAUUGGUACGAAAUUUUAAGAACCAGAACUGAAGGAGUGGGCUACGAGCAAGUACCAACUAUAUAUCGUGCAAAAAAGAGGAAAAGGAAGAGAGCCCGUGUAGCUCCUGCACAAGUUUCUGAAAAUGUGAUAAGGCCUUCUCAAGGUCCUCAGCAUAUUUUAACGGACAUAUUACCAUUACCGGGACAAGAUGUUCUUCCGCCGCUAAACCAAUCACUCGAGUUGAGCGCAAACCGUGAGAGGAAUGAUUUGCUUGCGAUUGGCGAUGAUUUGGUACCUCAAUUGAAUACUGCCCAACAACAAUACGAUCAGUUCAUCAAGGAAAAUUAUGAGAAUAUUUCAAUAGUUAUGAACAAUUUGGAUAUAGUACGUGCCAUAUUCGACAGUUAUCGUCGAUGUCAGCGAGGCGUGGAUAUACAGAAAUCCGUAAUGCAUUAUGAUGCUGAACUGGUAUUGAACGCUUGUAAAAGACGAUUGUCGGUUAAACGCGAUAUCAUACGAGCUCUUAUUUGUAACAGAUCAUUUGAUUUUACUAAACUUGAUUGCAUAACCGAUAAAAUGGCAGCAGCCAUUGGUUUUGCUUUUGUUUUGGAACUGAAGGCAGUCGGUCUAAUUAACUUGGCCGCUAACGGCCGCAUAAUACAUUUAAUCUAAUUUUCAUAAUUUUUUAUUUAAGAGUUUAUUAAAAAUUUAACGUCUAGAGUAGUACUUGUGGAUGCCAUUUAUGUUUGCUGUUUUAUAUUUGCUUUGUUUCCGUUUUUAAAAGCUUUUUCUUUGUUAAUAUGUGUGGUUAUGUGUUCUUUUAAGAAAUAAAUUCAAGAAUUCAAAGGAAAUUUCUUGCCUAAGCUUAAGCUUAGUUUAUUCAUCUCCAACUCCUACCAAUUUUUACUGCAAAAAA